CAAAAUCAAAGAAAAUGACAUUCGUCUUGCAAUUUUUGUUCUUAUGGCUUAAUAGCAUAUUCAAUCACUUUCCUUUUCUUUGAUCUCUUAUUAAAUUCAUAUAUUCUCCCUUUACUUAAUCGUCAAGUUCCUUAAUUCCCUCAUCAAAUCCUUAUAUAAAAAAAACCUUAUUAACGUAUUUUUCUUCAUUUUCAAUUUACUGAAUUUUAAAAUUUAUCAGUGGUGGUUUCCGUUGCUACUCUCUCUACGUCCGUCUGACGUUUACAGUACAUUAUUUAACCCCCCCCCCCUAAAUUUCCGUUCCACUAGAUCUACCCCUUUUUAUUAAUUUUUUUUCCCUUAAAUUCCGCUUCAAAAGUCUCAUUCAUUUUGAAACUUCCUUUACUUCUCUCAAAUCUCCAAAAUUUAUGAACAUUUUUCUGAUCUACUGAAAUGGAAAAACUUGGAUUUCUUACUAUUGUUUUGUUCUUAGUUCUUGAACUCACCUUCGCUGCCGAUUCGCCGGCGCCCGCCCCGUCAUUCGGUGCAGACUCGUCACCGCAACUCGCUCCUACUCCGGUGAGUGGAUCUCAAGACUCUGCACCAGCAAUCUCACCGGUGACGUCCGCUUCGCCUCCGGCGCCAAUGGCGCCGUCUCCAUCAGAUCUGGCUCAAGGAAAGUCAUCACCGGCGAGUUCUCCUGCACCUUCACCGGAUGAUGUGAGCGAUAUCAACCACAGCAACAUCAAUGCAGAAGGUAACGAAGAGAAAAGCGAUGGUGACGGAGGAAUGAGCGGAGGGAAAAAGGCGGGAAUCGCGGUGGCAGUGGUGGCAGCGGCGUGUUUGGUUGGCUUCGGUGGAUUGGUUUACAAGAAGAGACAAGAUAAUAUCAGAAGAUCUCAGUAUGGAAACGCCGCCAGAAGAGAAAUUCUGUGAAGAAGACGAGACGAUUGCAGAUUUUAAAAAAAUGAUUAGAAGAGAUUAACGUCAUCAAUAAAUCAUUAC